AUGUCGACAGUAGCAGUAGCUCAGCCUCAACAUCCCACUACCUUCUCCUACUCUCACAUUCGAUCUGCUCCCAAGAAGUCAAUGUCCAUCACUCAGACUUACUACCUGGCCCACAAGGCCCGGGCCAAGCUCUCUCGCGAGGCUGCCCAACCCGAUCACGAUCUCCGUCUCCUCGUCGGCCACGCCAACCUGCUCGACUCCUUGAUGCUCGAACUUGCCGAUGCCGAGCGUGAGCAGGAGCGCUGGUUCAACCAGUCCGUCCGUGGUGCCAACAACAAGGCUGCUGAUCGUCAUGUCCAGUGGGCCGACCGCAUUGUUGAGCAACCUGAAGAGGAAUACGACUCGGACUCUUCCGACUCUGAUUCCGACUCCGACUUUGAUGAGGAAGACAUCGAGAUGGCCAACACUGUUUCCGCCCGCAUUCCCGUUGCCGCUCAGCGAGCUCAGCUCGUAAACGACGACGACGAGGAAGAGAUGGGUGACGAUCUCGAGGAGGACUACGCACAGCUCGAACUUGUUCGAACUCCUUCUCACUCCAGCUCUCCUCCCGAGCUGGUAGACCACGACUCAGAAUCCUCAGACGACGAGUCCAUGCCCCCUUCGCCUGCUGAUGCCGCGCUGCUCUACAACGAAAAGGAAGCCGCCAAGGAGGAAGAGGAAGAAAUCUUCGACGACGACUACUACGUCUCUCGACAAACUCCAGCAGGUCUGGUAUCCGCCAUCUCGGUAUACUAA